CUCCAGAGGUGCAGCAGCCCGCACACCACAUUGUUUCUAUGUACGUGCCGUCACAGUGCAGACAGAGGUUGUAAACAUGGCGGCGGACGGGAUGGUGCUCACCAACCACGACCAUCAGACCCGUGUGGGGAUUCUGACGGUGAGUGACAGCUGCUUCAAGAACUUGGCCGAGGACAGGAGUGGAGUCAACCUGAAGGACCUGGUCCAUGAUCCCUCACUGCUAGGAGGAGUCAUAGCAGCCUACAAGAUCGUUCCAGAUGAGAUCGAUGAAAUCAAGGAAACUCUUUUGGACUGGUGCGAUGAACAUGAGCUGAAUCUCAUUCUUACUACUGGAGGAACUGGCUUUGCACCACGAGAUGUUACACCUGAGGCCACCAGAGAGGUGAUAGAGCGAGAGGCCCCAGGUAUGGCUCUGGCCAUGCUGAUGGGAUCGCUCAACGUUACACCGCUAGGCAUGCUGUCCAGGCCAGUGUGUGGUAUUCGUGGUAAAACUUUGAUCAUCAACCUGCCAGGGAGCAAGAAGGGCUCUCAGGAGUGUUUUCAGUUCAUCUUGCCCGCUCUGCCCCAUGCCAUCGAUCUACUGCGAGAGGCCACGGUCAGGGUUAAAUCCACGCACGCCGCCCUGGAGCAGCUGCCCUCCCCUUCCCCUCUGCUGGCCAACACGCACACCAACACUCACGCCAACACUCACACCAUGGAGCGUGGCACCCAGUGUGAGGAAGAGGAAGAUGAGGAGGAGGACCGGAGGAGAGGUCAACAUGCGCAUAACCACCACCAUCCCCAGCAUGGCUCCUCCCAUAUCACCGCAGCCGCUAUCGCUGCCAAGACAAGCCAUGCUGUGGUCAUGGCUAAGGGGGCUCCCUAUCUGCCUGGCAACACACCCGCCCCACCCACCCAUUAUACCUGCUCCUGUACUCAUGACCAUCAGAUCCCGGACUCGAUCAUUUCUCGAGGCGUUCAGGUGCUUCCUCGAGAUUCGGCCUCUUUAAGCUCCACCCCUUCCGAGUCACCACGGGCAACACAGGCAACCUCCCGCCUUUCCACCGCCUCAUGCCCGACACCCAAGGUUCAGUCACGAUGUGGCAGUAAUGAGAACAUUCUGAGAGCCAGCCACAGUGCGGUGGACAUCAGCAAAGUGGCGCGACGUCACCGCAUGUCCCCGUUCCCACUGACGUCAAUGGACAAAGCCUUCAUCACUGUUCUAGAGAUGACACCUAUUCUGGGAAUUGAAGUCAUUAACUACAGAGACGGUUUGGGUCGAGUGCUCGCUCAGGACAUCUACGCCAAAGACAACCUUCCUCCGUUCCCCGCCUCUGUCAAAGAUGGCUACGCUGUACGAGCUGCCGAUGGCCCAGGAGAUCGUUUCAUCAUGGGGGAAUCGCAGGCUGGACAACAGCCCACCCACACAGUGAUGCCAGGUCAGGUGAUGAGGGUGACAACCGGGGCUCCGAUUCCUUGUGGAGCCGAUGCUGUGGUCCAAGUCGAAGACACGGAGCUGCUGAGGGAGUCUGAGGAUGGCACAGAGGAGUUGGAGGUGAGGAUUAUGGUCCAGGCCCGACCGGGACAGGACAUCAGGCCAAUAGGCCAUGACAUCAGACGAGGAGAGUGUGUGUUGGCUAAAGGAACACACAUGGGCCCGUCAGAGAUCGGCCUGCUGGCUACAGUGGGAGUGACUGAGGUCAGCGUGCACAAGUUUCCUGUGGUGGCUGUCAUGUCCACUGGAAAUGAGCUGUUGAAUCCAGAGGAUGACCUCCACCCAGGGAAGAUCAGAGACUCUAACCGCUCCACUCUCCUGGCCACCAUCCAGGAGCAUGGAUACCCUACCAUCAACCUGGGCAUCGUUGGAGACAACCCUGAUGACCUGCUGUCAGCUCUCCAUGAGGGAAUCAGUCGUGCCGAUGUCAUCAUCACCUCAGGAGGUGUGUCCAUGGGAGAAAAGGACUACCUAAAGCAGGUGCUGGAUAUUGACCUUCAUGCUCAGAUCCACUUUGGACGAGUCUUCAUGAAGCCAGGUCUUCCUACUACCUUUGCCACAGUCGACAUUGAUGGAGCACGGAAACUCAUCUUUGCUCUGCCAGGUAACCCAGUGUCUGCAGUGGUCACAUGUAACCUGUUUGUGAUUCCUGCUCUGAGGAAGAUGCAAGGCAUUCUGGACCCUAGACCUACUAUUAUUAAAGCUAGGCUUUCUUGUGAUGUUAAGCUGGAUCCCAGACCAGAGUACCACCGCUGUAUUCUCACCUGGCAUCAUCAGGAGCCACUGCCCUGGGCACAGAGCACAGGCAACCAGGUAUCCAGCAGGCUAAUGUCAAUGCGUAGUGCCAACGGCCUGCUGAUGUUACCUCCUAAAACAGAGCAGUAUGUGGAGCUGCAUAAGGGAGAGGUUGUGGAUGUUAUGGUAAUCGGACGGCUAUGAUGCAGACUUCAAUGUCACUUGCUACCGAUUACCAUGGCAGUGCCAGGACUUCCUGUCUGGACAGGAAAUGGGCGGGGGCAGGAAGUGAUGCAUGUCUACCUGGUCGCCAUUAGCUGUGAUGUCAUAUGCAACAGCCAAUUGGAGCCAGCGCAGGCUGAAUCCUCAUUGGUCUGCUCUGAGGAGAUCACUGUAUUUCAAUGGAGAAAAAAUGUGAAAACAAAUAUAUAAAAUAUGAGAUUUAUUCUGUAAUAUUAUUAUUAUUACUAUCCUGAUGAUAAUGAUUAUUAAUAUUUUAAUUAAUAUUCUAUUUAUUAUUAUUGAUUGAAUAUUAUCAUCUUAGUAGUAAUCAUGCCCUCUUCUCUCCUGUUCAUUUGCUUUGUGCGUUUAACAUGUUUCCCUGGUAGAUAUAGAGAUGUAGAGACUUCCCCUUCCUUCCUCCGUUUCUCCUGACCCUUUUGCCUUUUCUCUCCCCCUCCUUUCUCUUCUUCUUCUUUUCCUACUUCUUUCUCUGCUCUGGCGUCCUCUAUCCAGAUAUAGGAACUCCCUGAUAACCCGUCCCUGCAGUAUUACUACAUCUCCUCCUGGAACACACUGACCCUCACAUUAAUAUUGACAGAUAUAUGAACUAAAGGCUUAUAAAGACAUCUUUCGAUUGAAGCUGCUGAUAUAGUUUGUGCCAGUACAGAAAAUAUGACUUUUUUUGCCAAAAAAAGGAAAAAAAAAAAAACAAGGAUCCUUUGUAUUUGUUUUUUUUUUUAUUGUUAUUUUUGUCCAGAUAUAACACUCUCAAACCAUACUGAGACACUAAAGCUCAUCAUGACUCUCAGUGAAAGCCAUGAAACUCUUGUAUGUGGGUCAUUGGCUCAGCUUUAAGGCAGGGUGAGGCAGGACUUCAAUGCUCCCUCACCACACUGGAAUUCUCUGCUCCGACAUCAAAUAUUAACAAAACCAUUAUAAUAUAAUACAUAAUGACUUUAUGAUCUUGAGUUAUAUCAGAGGUGGGCCACGCUGGCAGUAUUAGUAUUACGCUAACCCUGCAUUCAAGUGGUGUUUGAUUUACACGAGUUUAAGGUUUACACCAUGAUACUACAUUACAAAAUUGAAAUACUUAGUCUUUGAUAAAUGUGGUUUUUGCAUUUUGAAAUCUUUUAAAAAAUAUAAGGCUGAGUUUAUUCUGUAUUUUUAAUGUGGUCAUAAAGGAAAAGACUAAAACCAACAAUGUGAAACUGUUACUGAACUGUCUGACGUCCUUACCCUUUCUGUGGCUCACAGCCACAAGCCAGCUGGCUCCUACUGGAGAUGAAACUCUUUAAAGGGUAGAGGAGGAGGAGGAGGGGGACAGGUCAGGGCAGCUAGGCAGGCUCUGUCCAAAGGUAACAAAUUCCACCUACCUCCACCACCUAUUCCUUAAAACAGGUGAGAAACAUCAAGCUCCAACUUUUAAAAAGACUGAAACAGUCUACAGUGUAGUUUUUAUAGCAAACAUUACUCCAACAUAAUGUUAAAUAGUGCGUUUAUUGUGGAAGAUUUAUUUAGUUCUCUAUUGAGUACUUCUGGCUGAAGGACGAUAAAUGUGGAAAUGAGUUCAAAUAAGCUACUGUAUGUGUCCAUGGCAGUAAAGAAACAUGUCCCUCAGUUCAGCAGUGUGACCCACUGAUGUGUUUUAAUAGAUUUUGAUCAAUAAUGGAGCUCUCUGGCAUGUAAGAAUAAGAUAUGUCAGGCUUUGGAUACUCACACAAUACUUUGUAGUAGGAUGGAUUCAUUGGUGGUUUUGGUCUUUUCAUGAGAGUUGGUAACACUAAGGAAAAUAGUUAAUAUCAUUUUUUCAGUACCCAAAGAUUGCAAUGCUUAGUUGACAGCUAGUCUUAAAGGCUAGCUCCAGGAGCCUCUGUCUUUUUCCAGUUUUUACCCAUAAACCACACUGACACGAACGAAAGAAGCUGAAUGAGUUGUGGCGUACUAUAUUCCUAUAACUCAGAGGAACUCUGACCUGACAUCACUUGAAAGCAGGGUGUCGCAUUCAGGUGCUCAUAAACUAUACAACUGGUGUAUUUCUACCAUGACAGUGUUGAGGUGCUUGUUCAAGUCAAAAAUGUCAUUACAGUUCAAGGCUGUAAAUCAAACUACAUCAUUUGACUGCUUUUCUCUCAAUGUACUGUAUGUAGUCUGAGCAACACUGAGACAUGUUCAAAACCUUGUGUGAUAUUUAGCCCACUACAAGAGCUUAGUUUACGCCUAGUAUUAACUCAAUAGUAGACCUGUUGGCUGCAGUAUCCUGCUGAUUAAACUCUGACCUUAAAUUGUUUACUAAUUAACAAGGACCAUUCAAAUGCAUCAUACGCAGUUUAUGAGUCCCAAGCAUUCACCAGUGCACCACACCUUAACCCCUCCAGAUCCUUUGUCUCUUCCUCUCAGUGUGAUCAGUGCCAAAACCCACAAACCCACAUGGGUCAAAGGUCUAAUGCUGCAUUUAGGUCAUAUAGGAUACAACUGGUACAGAGCUGUGGCACUUAUUUGUAUUCAGUGGUACUUAAAGCUGCUAUAUGUACGUUUUUUCUGCAUUUAGCGUGCUGAUCAGCUAGCCCCAGCCCGUCCCAUCUCGUUAUACCACCUUGCACCACAAGAGGCGAUAGUGAGCCACUGUAACGUCCAGUCUGCUCUCAGUCCAACAUGAGAGGAUGAAGAAAUUGUGAUUGCAAGGGUGUAUUCUAACCUGUUGUCAACACAACGAUGGCUGAAGCUCUUGGCAAGCAGCCAUUAUCACCACCACCACCCGAUCCCGGCAGAGAAAAUGAACAAAUAGCACCUUUAACGACACCAAGAUGACAUAAUUGAUGUUUUCCCUUGAUGUCAGUUCCUGCUGCUGAUCUUGUUUCAGUUACCAUAAAGUGAACAUUAUUUCCACACUAUCUUUCCUCCAUGACCUGAAUGCGGCAUUAGACAGUAUUCCCGACCUUUGACCCCCCCUCCUUAUUGGCUGACGCAGUCUUCCUCCACUUUUCCCUCUCCACCCCUCGCUCCUCCCUCUCAUUAUCUUCCUCUUUUCCUCCCCACCUCCUUCACACUUGCAUGCCCAUAAAGGGGGCGUGUCUUUCUCUUUGGGCAGGACUGAGACCAGGGUGCAGCACCUGGGCGUGGCUUCUGAUCUGACUAAAUCUUACAUUUAUGAUAGUUCCUGAUGUGGUUAUUGGUGUGUGUAAAGAGUUUUCUAAAGCCUAGGCUCUGAUACCAA